CCUUCCCUAUUCCGUACAUGUGUUUUUUAAGAGUAGAAGAGCAUUCCCGCUGGACUCGCUAAAGGCUGGACCCUUCUGUUACCUCCAUUUUCUUGGCCUUCAAAAACCUGCUCUUCUUUCUCCCUCUCAUUCGCUUCUUUUCCACCUAAUCCCACUUGCUUAACUAUCUAAUCAAACCCUUCUGCUCUGUCUCCUCUUCUCUCUCUACUCGUCACUGUUCUAAGAUGGAUGGCCAAGAUCAGAGAAAGAACCAUUUUGCAGGGAGUGAGAACCAUGGAGUUCAUGUCUGCAGCAAAUGCGGCUGGGCGUUUGCUAACUCGCAUCCCAGUGCAAAGCAAAGGCGUGCGCAUAAAAAGAUCUGUGGAAAACCUAAAGGGUACCAGCGAGUUGACUCAGGGGAAGGUGGAAGUGCUCAUGGAGUUGUUUCCGACGAUGAGCACUUCUCUGAUGAAGAUUAUAAAACCCCUAGUCCAAAAGUUGUGGAUAAAAGUAAUAAUGUGAAGGCUAUUAGUGAAACUGGUGGAACACAGAACAAAUUGCUGGAUGAAGUACUCAGAGAUUCAGUUGUGGAAUUUUCUCCCGGUGUUGAAGAAAAAACGAAGGGGAAUACAGAACUAGCAGUGGAAAGAAGUGCUAAGAAUGAUCAGGAUGCUGUACAAUCUCUUGAGGAUAUUGAUGGUCGAAAUGGUUCUAUAUGUGACUUAUACCUGUUCAAAUCUGAAAUUCCGGCAGAUACAUCACAACAAAUUAAGAGGUUUGAUUCUGGUUGUACAGAAAGCACAACUACAUUUGUGGGGAUAGAGACUGAUUCAAGAGAAAAUGAAGAUAUCAAGCUAGAAAGUUGCCAAGUGGAUGUUGUCCCCUCUGAGGUAGUGUCAGAGAAGGCAAAGGAGAUAACCUCAGAUUCUGUGUCGAUUGAUGAAUGUAUUAGAUCAAAUAAGGAGCAUGUAGAUCAUGCAAAUACUUUGAUUGAUGCUGCCCAAACUAUGACAUAUGAAGCUCCAGGAACCGACUUUUCCACUUCGAUUAAUUCAAUUGAGGGUUACAAUGGAAAUAAAGAAGCAAAUGAAAAUGUAAUCAUGCUUUCUGUGCCUGAUGAUGUACCUGUGGUCGACCAAGCUGGCCUUAUGGUUGAAGACUUUGAAGACCAUAAGGGAGUGAAAUUAUGUAAGUCUUUAUUAGUAGAUUCGUGUGAAACAAUCAGGGAUGAAGGAGGUGAAACUAAAAAUCCCAAUAAUGAGAAUGGUACUAAUAUUCACUCUGGAGAACUGAGUGAGCAUAUCGAAGUCUCUGCUUCUGGUAUGCAUGUUUUGGAAGAUGACUGUAAACAUGAAGGUGGGAAUGACAAGGCUGUAGUCAAUGAGGGGAAUGAGAGUGCAAUUUAUCACUUUGGAGGACCAAGUGAAGGAAUUGGAGUCUAUUCAUCGGGUAUGCAUGGUUUGGAAUAUGACCAUAACCAUGAAGGUUGGAGUGACAAGCCAGUGAUCGACGAGGGGAGUGAUAGUGUAAUUGUUCUUUCUGUGCCUGAUGAUGUUCCUGUGGAUGACCAUGCUGAGGUCAUGCUUGAGGACUUUAAAAACCACAAGGGAGUGAAAUUGGAGCAGUUUUUAUUGGUAGAUUCAUGUGAAACAAUUGAGUAUACAAAAGGGGGAAAAGAUGCACCUGAUAAUGAGAAGGUCAUCACGAGUGUCUACUCUGGAAAACAGAGUGAAAGCUCUGAGGUCUCUGCAUCAGUUUUGCAUGUUUCGGAAGGUGGCCAUAAACAUGAAGGUGGGAAUGAUAAGCUUGUGGUCAACGAAGGGAAUAAGAAUGAAAUUGUGCUUUCUGUGCCUUAUGAUGUUCCUGUGGCUGACCAUACUGAACUCAUGCUUAAAAACUUCAUAGACCACAAGGAGAAAGUGGGGCUAUCUUUAUUGUUAGAUUCAUGGGCAACAAACGCACCUGGUAACAAGAAUGUCAGUAGUGUCCCCUAUGGAAAACCGAGCGAAGGCACAAAGGUCUCUGCACCAGUUAUGCAUGUUGUGGGAGAUGGCCAUAAACAUGAACAUGGAGAUGAUGAUCAUAUGGCCAAUGAAGGGAAUAAGAACGUAAUUGUACUUUCUGUGCUUGAUGAUGUUCCUGAGGUUGAUCAUGCUGAGCUCAUGCUUGAAGAUUUCAAAGACCACAAUCGAGUGAAAUUGGAUCAGUCUUUAUCGGUAGAUGAAUGUGAAACGAUUAAGGAUGGGAAAGGUGAAGCAGAAGCACCCAAUAAUGAGAAUGUUAGUAGUGUCUACUCUGGCGAACCGAGUGAAGGCUCUCAGGUUUCUGCAUCAGUUAUGCAUGUUUCUGAGGAUGACCAUAAAAAUGGAGGUGCAAAUGACAAACUUAUGAACAAAGAAGGGAAUAAGAAUAUGAGUCUUCUUUCUGUUCCUAAUGGUGCUCCUGUGGCUGACCACAAUGAGCUCUUGCUUAAAGACUUUAAAGAACAUAAGGGAGUUGAGUUGCCUCAGUCUAUAUCAGUAGAUUCAUGUGAAACAAUCGAGGAUUCAGAGGGUGAAACAAAAGCUCCUGAAGGUGAGAAUGUUCCUUGUGUCCACUCUGGAGAACUAAGUGAAGACAAUGAGGUCUUUUCAUCAGUUAUGCUUAUGUUGGAAAAUGACCAUAAACAUGAAGGUGGAAAUGCCGAUCUCAUGGUCAAAAAACUCGGUGUGGUUAAAGGAUUAGAUGAAGAAGCAGCCCAGGACGAUGCUUAUACAAUUGAGAUAAAGAAAGGUAAGGAAAUUCUUUGCUUGCUUGAAGGACAGCAGACUUAUGAUAUUUGUGACAAUUCGCUGCAGAAAGGUUCCUCAGAAACUGUCAUGGAAGUUUUACCUGAUACAGGUGCAGAAGUCAACCUUAUAACCAACUUUCCAAACACUGAUAAUUCUGGAAGUCAUGAAAUGGCUGGGGUUGAAAUAUGUGAUACUGUUAAACAUGAUGAUGGCAAGACAUUUGAAGGGGAAACUGGUGCAGAAAGCAAAAUUUCUUGUAGUCUCUCUUUGUCUGAAGUUAAUCCAUCAUCAGACAUGCUCAAUGUCAAUAAUGGGGAUGAUGCUGGUGAUUGUGGAAAGUAUAUGAUUGAAAAAAGUGAUGUGGCCAGGGUUAAAAGUCAAACAGUACCUGAGGAUUUGGAUGGAGUUUCAGACAUCACACUGGAUUUCAGAGAAGAUCUAGUUGACAGCAAGGGAAGAGACCAAGCGAAUGCAGAUUUUAUCAACAUGGCAACUGAAUUACGUUGUCAUGAAGAUGAUUUAUUACAGAAAUCUCAUGCAGAGGCAAUGACUAAAGGACCACGUCUUUUUUCUUCUGAUGCCGAACCUUCUAUUUCAAGUUCUGCAGCUGUUGAAGAUAACCGUACCAGAGAAUUUGGAGGGGAUGCUUUUGGGUUCUGUUCACAGCCCACACAGUGCAAGGACGAUAAUGGAUUUUUUAAAUAUCAACAUGGCACAUACCCAACUGACCUUUCAAUUGACUCAAAUAGCCAAACUGAUAGUGUAGAAGCCAACUGGGGAUCGGUUUCAGUGCUUUCAUUGCAAUCGGAUACACUGACUGCCAUUGAUGCUGAAACUGAGAAAGCAAACUCGGAGAAGCCAAAAGGCGGAUAUGAGGGACAACAAAGUGACAAAUCGGAUGUAUUUGAACCACCCUCCUUCAUGACAUUGGUUGAACCUCGCGGUGAGGAUCACCAUAAAGUAGCUGGUUCUGAAAUGCAAGCAGAUCAGAAACCACACCAGCCAAAAGCUUCAGUUUUGCAAGCGGGUUGGUUCCCUUCUCUUACGAACGUUGUGAAUGAGUCACAAGGGAGAAAAAAGAACGAAGAGAUCAUUGCCAAGGUAACAAACUGGAGCACGGGGAAGCACCAUGCUCCCCUGAAGAAUCUUUUAGGUGAGGCCAGUAACGAAGCCAGACCAAGAUCACUGGAUAUGAUGGAAUAUAGAGUUCCGUUGAUUCAAAAAGGAGAAGAUUCAGCCAGAGAGGCCACCAGUCUCUCCGCCCCAAAAGUGAUAUCAAUCAUGGGUCGUGAGUCCUCUGCUGAGCCUGGGAAGCGAGAAAUGGUAGGGGAGGAGUGGAAUUCUCCAGCAAGGUAUCCGACAGACAUAAAAAGAGAGAAGAGGAAAGUGAAGGGGAGAUCGUACUGGGUACAAUUCGUGUGCUGCUCAUCAAGGAACUAGGAUGGGAUUAUGAAUGUAUAGAAAUUUAGAAACAAAAAUGGGGGAUGCUACUUUGUUAGAGGCUCUUCUGAUUGAUGAACGGAACAUUGCCCCUGUCUGCAACAUUUUCUUCUAUACACCGGUAUCAUAUCAUUGAUUUGCAUUAUUAAAAUACCAUUAUGUACUUGUGUUGCUUUGACCGGGGGAAGCUUUUGGAGAUGAUUA